UCUUCUGGCUUUUUCACACACAUUUGUAAAUUCUAUAGGAACUCGGGUGCGGCCCUUGGAAUUACCCUAAAACUCCGGAAAACGAAGUUGCAGUCACCGAAAUGCUGUCAAAAACCACGAUCAGUUUUAUUUAAUUGCCAUUUUAAGAAAACAUUUUUUAUUAUUCCAUUUUCCCUUGAUGUCCAACGGAUUUCUUAUCUCUUUUACUAUUGAGUAAGAAAUUGUUUGUCAAUUGCAGAAUGGAUUUAUUGGACUCAAUUAUGAGUUCAAUGGACAAGCCGCCCUCGCUCAGUGAAAAAGAGCGAACACUUAUCAAGAUGCAAAAGGAUGUAAUCGAAAAGAAGCAAAACGAAGAAAAAGAGCGCCUGAAGAGAUUCAAGGAACGUGUUGAAGCGAAACUGACCAGUCAUUUUAAAAACCCCAAAAACAUAAUGCUAAAAUUCGACCCAAUGGAUCAAAUACAGCGCAGCAUUGUUCAUGAAGCUGCAGAGACUCAUAACUUACUGUCCUAUGCCUUUGGCACUGAUGGAGUAGACAGAUACAUUAGGGUAUACAGUAGAGAUAAUCCCCCCUGUGAGGAUGAAUUAGCUGCCCGAAGACGAGGCGAGCCAUGGAAUGAGGAAGUUCGACAGCAACUUCUCAAAAACCGAGAACGAGAAAGACUGGAAGCAAUGGAGCCGAUAAAAAAGCCAAAGAAAUUGGUCCCAAAUACAAAUUACAAAGAUAAGUACGCUCAUCUCAUUGGUCAGGAUGCUGCACUCAAAGCUGCUAAGAAAACUGAGAGCAAUAAGUCCUAUGGCUUUGUACCCAGUGAGAAUAAGCGAGAUGUGCGAUCAAUCGAACAAACCAUGGCAGAUAUUAAAGCAAAACGGCUUAAACUGAAUGCAGACCGAGAUGAAGUCAAGUGAUUAGGUGUUUAAAGUAAAGACUUUUAGUGUUUAGUUUUAAGUUGUGACAUACAACAUGUGGAAUGUUUUAUGAUUUAGUUUGAGGAUUGAUUAAAAAACUGCAUGCCAA